CCUCCACUUGCUCCUGGCACCAGAGACCAUGCUGGCCACGGGGGCUGACCGCCAGAGGCUAAAUCUGGGAUCUGGCUGCCGUGUGUCCUGGCCCACACUCGACCUCCGGCUCGUGACAGGGAGGACCCUUCCUGCCUGCGGGGACAGCCACCAUGGUCAGUGGGCUGGAGCCCGAGCAAACUGGCAUUUCUGGGGAGGGGGCAGGGGCAGCACUUCCUGCAGGGACCGUCUUGGGGCUGGAAGUUUAGAGGACAUGAAGGGCCAGGGCUGGGCUGCAGGCAGAGAAGGGGCAAGAAGGCCACCUGGCCAGGGCGGGUGGCUUGGGAGUGUGGAGGCCCCACCCUCAACAUCUCAACCCCUCUCCCAGUCCCGGCCACAGGUGGGUGGGCAGCCCCAGGGGGCCCACCUGCCCACGCCCCAGGCCUCUGGCUCACUUUCCAGAUGUGGGCAGUGGGCUCAUCCUGCCGCUGCCCCGCAGGAGCUGCUGGCUCUGAGAGCCUCUUUCUUGUUCCCCCAGUCCCACCGGAAGUUCUCCGCGCCUCGGCACGGGCACCUGGGCUUCCUGCCACACAAGAGGAGCCGCCGGCACCGGGGCAAGGUGAAGACGUGGCCCCGGGACGACCCCAGCAAGCCCGUGCACCUCACCGCCUUCCUGGGUUACAAGGCGGGGAUGACUCACACGCUGCGGGAGGUGCACCGGCCCGGCCUCAAAAUUUCCAAGCGUGAGGAGGUGGAGGCGGUGACGAUUGUGGAGACGCCGCCGCUGGUGGUGGUGGGCGUGGUGGGCUACGUGGCCACCCCACGCGGCCUGAGGAGCUUCAAGACCAUCUUUGCAGAGCACCUCAGCGACCAGUGCCGCCGCCGCUUCUACAAGGACUGGCACAAGAGCAAGAAGAAAGCCUUCACCAAGGCCUGCAAGAGAUGGCGGGACGCUGUCGGCAAAAAGCAGCUCCACAAAGACUUCGCUGCCAUGAAGAAGUACUGCAAGGUCAUUCGGGUCAUUGUCCACACCCAGAUGAAGCUGCUGCCCUUCCGGCAGAAGAAGGCCCACAUCAUGGAGAUCCAGCUCAACGGUGGCACGGUGGCCGAGAAGGUGGCCUGGGCGCAGGCCCGGCUGGAGAAGCAGGUGCCGGUGCACAGCGUGUUCAGCCAGAGCGAGGUGAUCGACGUCAUCGCUGUCACCAAGGGCCGCGGUGUCAAAGGGGUCACCAGCCGCUGGCACACCAAGAAGCUGCCACGGAAGACGCACAAGGGACUGCGCAAGGUGGCCUGCAUUGGCGCCUGGCACCCGGCCCGCGUGGGCUGCUCCAUCGCCCGGGCUGGGCAGAAAGGUUACCAUCACCGCACAGAGCUCAACAAGAAGAUCUACCGCAUCGGCCGGGGGCUGCACGUGGAGGACGGGAAGGUGGUCCGGAACAACGCGUCCACCAGCUACGACGUGACUGACAAGUCCAUCACGCCGCUGGGCGGCUUCCCACACUACGGGGAAGUCCACAACGACUUCGUCAUGCUGAAGGGUUGCAUCGCGGGCACCAAGAAGCGGGUCAUCACGCUGAGGAAGUCUCUCCUGGUGCACCACAGCCGCCGGGCGCUGGAAAACAUUGAGCUCAAGUUCAUUGACACCACCUCCAAGUUCGGCCAUGGCCGCUUCCAGACAGCCGAGGAGAAGAGAGCCUUCAUGGGCCCCCAGAAGAAGCACCUGGAGAAGGAGAAGCCGGAGAAGGCGGGAGACCUCUAGGCCCGGCCCUCCCGGCCCUCCCGGCCCUGCCCCGGCCCCGAAAUAAAGUCCCGAGGCUGCA